GGAAAAUUGUAAUAUCGUGUAAAAUAUUAUUAUUGUGUAAAAAUAUUGUGUAAAAUAUUGUGUAAAAAAUUGUGUAAAAAUAGAAUUAAUAUUUGAUAAAUGAAAUUUGUAAGGUAUUUUAUUAAAAAUUUGAGAGUUAGUUUUUUUUAUCCAAUUUUUCAAAUCCCCAACGCCGUCAGCUUUUGCGAUUCCAACUCCGUCAGCUUUUGCGAUUCCAACACCGCCAAGCCCCGUGAUUCCAAGCCACAAACUCACAAAUCUCACAAUGUUUAUAUGUUUGGUUCGGUAAAAUCGUUGCCAGAGGGAUUAAGCAAGCAUCCGCUCCUACAACGGUUAGAAUGUAAAUUAGUUGAUUUUGGCCCGAAUUUCGGUGUAGCGGUGGAUAAAAAGUCAAAUGUGUAUCUUUGGGGCUCUGAUACUCAAAAUGAAUUUGUUAAACCCUUUCUACUCUGUACAUUAUCCAACAUCAAAGACCUACAAUGUGCGAAUAAUGAGAUUUACAUAUUAUUAAGCAAUGGAACGGUAUUACUAAUUAAGGACGUUAAUGACAUUCUGAACACUCCACACGUGAACUGUGUGUUACAGGAGAUACCAGAGUUUUCUGGCGGAUUUUUGUAUAAUAAUCCGAAGAUAGUCAGGAUGAGUAUUGGGCAGUAUCACAGCGCUUUCAUAUCAGACGACGGAUCGCUCUACUGUUCAGGCAAUAACGAAUUCGGACAAUGCGCUCAAAAACCAACACAACUACACACAGAAUCCACUUUCCUCGUUUACAAUAAUAAUACCAACACCAUCGAUCAGAUACCACCCACCAAAGUAAGGUUUAGGGAGAACGUGAGGAUAAAGGACGUGGUGUGUGGUCAAACCCAUACUCUCUGCAUUGAUACCAAUAAUAAUAUCUACUCAUUUGGGGAUGAUAGUGAGAUUGAAUUAUUUUUUGGUGACAGCAGGGGUAAGUCAAUCUUCGAACACCGACACUACAAGCCCUACCUCAAACGCAUAUACAACUUCUCUCCCAUCAACACCUCCCCAAUCAUCUACAAUCAAACCGAAAAACACUUGCAAUAUGUGCCGGUGCGGAUAAAUGAGAUGUCACUUCUGAAGAGGUAUGGAGAGCUGAUAAGGAAAUCAGACAUUAAACUACAAGCCGGAAAUCACUUCACCAUCAUCGCCAUCACCCCGACACACUCUCUCCACACUGUCAACAAUGUCAACACUAACAAUAGUGUCAAUAAUGUUAACAAUGUGAACAUUGUCAACAGAGUGAAUGGUGUGAACAAUUCGAUAAUAUUGUCGAGUGGCUUGAAUGUGUCUGGUCAGUGUGGAAGUUUGGACCCUGUGUCAACAGCGGCUAAGAGGGUAAGAAUAAGUAAGCCUGUUAGGGAUUUGACAUGCGGUACCGCACACUGCUUUCUACUCACCAAUAACUCCAUUUACCUCUGGGGAGAUAAUAAACAGAAACAACUUAGUUUAGAUAAAAAAACUGUUUGGACUCCCGAAAGACUAAAAUUAAACCCCGAAGAAGAGAUAAAAUACAUCAAAUGCUCAUACAACAACUCAGCCAUCAUCACACAACACAAUCAAUAAUCACACAACACAAUCAAUAAUUUAAUCCCACCAAUUA